AUGGAAGAAAGAACUGAGAUGGAUAAUAAUAGUAAGGUUGAUGAAUUGAUGCCUGGUUUUCGAUUUCAUCCCACAGAUGAAGAACUUGUUGCUUUUUAUCUCAGAAGAAAAGUUCAACAAAAAUCACUUCCUAUUGAACUUAUUAAGCAAGUUGAUAUUUACAAAUAUGAUCCAUGGGAUCUUCCAAAGCUUGCAAGUAGUGGUGAGAAAGAAUGGUAUUUUUAUUGUCCAAGGGACAGAAAAUACAGAAACAGUUCAAGGCCUAAUAGGGUUACAAGGGCUGGAUUUUGGAAGGCCACAGGAACUGAUAGACCUAUUUAUUCAUCUGAUGGAAAAUGCAUUGGUUUGAAGAAAUCACUUGUUUUCUAUAAAGGUAGAGCUGCCAAAGGGACCAAAACUGAUUGGAUGAUGCAUGAGUUUAGGUUACCUUCCAUUUCAGAUUCAUCAACCUCUCCUCCCAAAAAAUUCUCUGACAAAAGUUUCUCUCCAAAUGAUUCAUGGGCAAUUUGUAGGAUUUUCAAGAAAACAAAUUCUCUAUCAAUGGUGCAAAAAGCAUUAUCUCAUCCUUGGAUCUCUCAAUUGCCAGGAAGCAUGGUAUCUGAAUUACUCACGCAAACUACAAACAUCAAUCAAUUUUAUUCACAAAAUAUUAUCUCGUCUCCAACAGCAGAGCAAGGAACAUCGACCACAACAAACUUACAAAUCAACGAACAUGAGCUACAACAAGUCACCAACACCAACAACAAUUUCUCAGAUUCCGAUUUUCCAACAUACAAACCUAUCAACAACAAUAACACAAUUCCGAAAUCCUCCCAAAUUUCUCUUCCUAAUGGAGACAUUGUUGAUAACCUAAUGUUCUACAAUCUUGAAGCCAAUGGUUCAACAAAGUGCACAAUUGAUAAUGAUUGUACAAUUCUUUCAAACACAAACUAUAUUGGUUUUGAAGACACAAAUAAUCAAUAUAAUGGAUUCUCAAUAAGUCUACCUCAAGAUAUGCAACAACCAAACAUUCAAGAUCAAAUGCAGCUUAAUGAUCAAUGGGAAAAUCUAGGAAGAACAAUUGAAUUUCCCUUCAAUUUGUCUCCAAAUUUUGAUGCUUCGAGGACUAAUGUUACAUGGGACAUACCACCUUGUACUAGUGAAAUUUCCACAACUUAUGUCACUAGUAAAUGUUACACUUAG